CUGGGAAGAGCUGGGAAUGACCAGAAGUAUUUUCAGGUUGCCAUGGAGACAGAGCUGGUUGGCAGCGCGUCUGACUGAGACUGACUUGUCUCCUGCCCGUGGUGGGAUAGAGAUGGAACUGGCACAGUGAUGGCACCACCACAAGCCCUGGUCUGCUUAGGUGCCUGCUCUGGGGACGAGAGCCUGAACAUGCAGCUGUGUGAAGUCCAUCCAUCAAGGCAAGCUUGGUCGGGAACUCCUGAUGACUGCCCUGACUUCCCCAGCGGUUUCUGCCGGGUGUUGAGGAGGAACCUGAGAAGAGAAGUUUUAGCAUCCAAGGUCACUUGGAAGCGCCUCAGAGCACAGACUUACCGCGAGGCGGGUCGAGCGAGCAUGGCGGGGGCUCGGGCGGCGCUGCUACUGCUGCUGCUGCUCCUGCACCUCUGGAACCUGGCGCUGGCCGCGCGGGGUGGAGAGGUCUCCAAAGGGCAGCCUAGACUUGCUGAUGUCCUUGAGUCUCAGCAGCAGGCCCCCUCCCACUCCUUGGUCCCUUGUGAGACCCAACAGCAGCAGUUAUGCCCCCUGGAGGAGAGGCUGGAACGGCUGGAGGCAGACGUGACUUACCUCAGAAAGCAGAACAGGGACCUGCAAGCCAGGCUGCUGCAGCUGGAGUCCUGCAAGUGCUGCUCAACCUCCCCCCAGUGCUGGGGGCCAGGUCACCCCUGUCCUGAAGGAGCUCGCUGGGAGCCUGAUGCCUGCACGGCCUGCGUGUGCCGUGAUGGGACCACGCACUGUGGCCCCCAGCCCAACCUGCCCCACUGCCGUGGCUGCAGCCACAAUGGGCAGUCUUAUGGUCAUGGGGAGACCUUCUCCCCAGAUGCUUGUACCACCUGCCGCUGUCUGGCAGGAGCUGUGCAGUGCCAGGGGCCUUCCUGCUCUGAGCUCAACUGUCUGGAGAGCUUCACCCCGCCUGGAGAAUGCUGCCCCAUCUGCCGGCCAGGCUGUGAGUACGAGGGGCAGCUUCACCAGGAAGGGACCAGCUUCCUGUCCACUUCCAACCCAUGCCUCCAGUGUUCUUGCCUGAGGAGCCUGGUUCGGUGUGUGCCUGUGAAGUGCCAGCCAAGCCCCUGCCCCAACCCAGUCCUGAGACCUGGACACUGCUGCCCAGUCUGCCAAGCCUCCGGCUGCACAGAAGGUCACUCUCACAGGGACCAUGGCCAAGAGUGGACCACUCCUGGAGACCCCUGCCGCAUCUGCCAGUGCCUGGAGGGGCACAUCCAGUGCCGCCAGCAGGAGUGUGCCAGUCUUUGUCCAUACCCUGCCAGGCCCCUUCCGGGUACCUGCUGCCCAGUGUGUGACGGCUGUUUCCUAAAUGGGCGGGAGCACAGCAGUGGGGAGCCCGUGGGCUCCCAGGACCCCUGCUCCAGCUGCCACUGUGCUAAUGGGAGUGUCCAGUGUGAGCCUCUGCCCUGCCCGCCUGCACCCUGCAGAUAUCCGGGCAGGAUCCCCGGGCAAUGCUGCCCUGUCUGUGAUGUCCCCUGUCCUCCUGUCCAGGCUGUAAAUACCAGGGACAUGAAUAUCGGAGCCAGGAGACCUUUACCCUCCAAGAGAAUGGCCGCUGCCUUCGGUGCACCUGCCAGGCUGGUGAAGUAUCCUGUGAGGAACAGGACUGCCCGGUCACCCCCUGUGUCCACACUGCCUCCGGCCCCCAGCUCUGCUCAGCCUGUGUGCUCAAUGGUGAGGAGUUUGCUGAGGGGAUCCAGUGGGAGCCAGAUGACCAGCCCUGUACUACCUGUUCCUGCCAAGACGGAGUGCCUGUGUGCAGGGCUGCACUUUGCUCUCCAGUACCCUGCCAACAUCCUACCCAGCCGCCCGGUGAGCGCCCAGCCAGAUCCUGUCUUCUCUGGCUUUGACCAGCCCACCCUGACCAGCCUGCCCCACCUAGGUGCCUGCUGCCCCAGCUGUGAGAGCUGCACCUACCACGGCCUAGUGUAUUCUAAUGGGCAGAACUUCACAGAUGUGGACAGCCCUUGUCAGACCUGCUACUGUGAGGAUGGGACUGUGAGGUGUUCGGUGAUCAACUGUCCUUCCCUGACCUGUGCCAAGCCCCAGAAUGGACCAGGCCAGUGCUGCCCCAAGUGCCCAGACUGCAUCCUGGAGGCACAGAUGUUUGUAGAUGGGGAGCGCUUUCCUCAUCCAAGAGACCCCUGCCAGGAGUGCCUGUGUCAGGAAGGCCAGACUCACUGCCAGCUCCGAGCCUGCCACAGCGCCCCCUGUGGUCACCCUCUGCCAAGCACCUGCUGCAGGAAUGACUGCAAAGGCUGUGCCUUUGGCGGGAAAGAGUACCUCAACGGAGCAGACUUCCCGCAUCCCACUGAUCCGUGUCGCAUGUGUCGCUGUCUGAGCGGCAAUGUACAAUGCCUGGCGCGUCGCUGUCCGCCACUGGCCUGUCCGCAGCCAGUCCUCACUCCGGGAGACUGCUGCCCUCAGUGCCCCGAUGCCCCUGCUGGCUGCCCACAGUCAGGGAAUACGGUCCUUGUCCGCCACCAGGAGCACUUUUUCCAACCGGGAGACCCCUGCAGCCGCUGCCUCUGCCUGGACGGCUCCGUGUCCUGCCAGCGACUGCCCUGUCCUCCUGCUCCCUGUGCCCACCCGCGCCAGGGCGCCUGUUGCCCCUCUUGCGACGGCUGCCUGUAUCAUGGGAAGGAGUUUGCCAAUGGAGAACGAUUUCCAUCACCUAGUGUCACGUGCCACGUGUGCCUCUGCUGGGAAGGCAGCGUCAACUGCGAGCCCAGGGCUUGUGCCCCUGCACAGUGCCCAUUUCCCACCAGGGAAGAUUGCUGUCCUGCCUGUGAUAGCUGUGAGUAUUUGGGGGUAUCCUAUCUGAACAGCCAGGAGUUCCCAGACCCCCGGGAAGCCUGCAACCUGUGCACCUGCCUUGGAGGCUUUGUGACUUGCACCCGCCGGCCCUGCGAGCCUCCAGCCUGCAGCCACCCACUCAUCUUACCGAAGCACUGCUGUCCAACCUGCCAGGGAUGCCUGUACCACGGAAUCACCGCUGCCCUCGGAGAGACCCUUCCUGAUCCUCUUGACCCCACCUGCUCCCUCUGCACCUGUGAGGAAGGUUCUAUGCGCUGUCACAAGAAACCAUGUCCUCCGGCUCUCUGCACACACCCUUCUCCAGGCCCCUGUUUCUGCCCUGUGUGUCGCAGCUGCCUCUUUCAGGGCCAGGAGCACCAAGACGGGGAGGAGUUCGAGGGACCUGAGGGCAGCUGUGAGCGCUGCCGCUGUCUGGCUGGCCAGGUCAGCUGUAUGAGGCUCCAGUGCCCGCCUCUGCCCUGCUUGCUUCAGGCCACAGAACCAGGCACCUGUUGUCCUCGAUGCACAGGCUGCCGCGUUCGUGGGGAGGAGCAUCCUGAAGGUAGUAGCUGGGUGCCGGCGGACAGCCCCUGUUCUUCCUGCAUGUGUCACAAGGGCAUUGUCACUUGUGCCCAAGUCCAGUGUGUCAGCGCCUGCAUCUGGCCCCAGCAGGGGCCCAGUGACUGCUGCCCUUCAUGCUCUGGCUGUGAGCAUGAGGGCAGAAAGUACGAACCCGGGGAGAGCUUCCAACCUGGGGACGACCCAUGUGAAGUGUGCAUCUGCGAGCUGAAGGGCAAGGGGCCUCCCAGCCUGCACUGUCGCCGGCGCCAGUGCCCCAGUCUGGUGGGCUGCCCACCAAGCCAGCUACUUCCUCCUGGCCCCCAGCACUGCUGCCCUGCCUGUGCCCAGGCACUGAGUAACUGCACAGAGGACCUGCUGGGGUCUGAGCUGGUGCCACCAGACCCCUGCUACACCUGCCAGUGUCAGGAUCUGACAUGGCUCUGUACUCACCGGGCCUGUCCUGCGCUCAGCUGUCCCCUGUGGGAGCACCACACAACCCCUGGGAGCUGCUGCCCCGUGUGUAAAGACCCUACCGGAUCAUGCUCGCACCAGGGUCGCUGGGUGGCCUCUGGAGAACACUGGAUAGUGGACGCCUGCACCAGCUGUGCCUGUGUGGCUGGUACUGUGCACUGCCAGAGCCAGCGCUGCAGGAACCUCUCAUGUGGCCGGGAUGAGGUCCCUGCCCUGAGUCCCGGCAGCUGCUGUCCCCGCUGUUUGCCCGGGCUGGCUUCCUGCAUGGCCUUCGGAGACCCCCAUUACCGCACCUUCGAUGGCCGCCUGCUGCACUUCCAGGGCAGCUGCAGCUACGUGCUGGCCAAGGACUGCCACAGCGAGGACUUCAGUGUGCACGUGACUAAUGAUGACCGGGGCCGGAGGGGUGUGGCCUGGACCCAAGAGGUAGCGGUGCUGUUGGGAACCGUGGCUGUGAGGCUGCUGCAAGGCAGGACAGUCAUGGUGGACCAGCACACGGUGACCUUGCCCUUCCUUCGGGAGCCACUGCUGUACAUUGAGCUUCGUGGUCACACCGUGAUCCUGCAUGCCCAGCCUGGGCUUCAGGUGCUGUGGGACGGGCAAUCCCAGGUGGAGGUGAGAGUUCCCAGCUCCUACCGGGGCCAGACCUGUGGCCUCUGUGGGAACUUCAAUGGCUUUGCCCAGGACGAUCUGCAGGGUCCGGAUGGGAGGCUCCUGCCCACAGAGGCUGCAUUUGGGAACAGCUGGAAGGUCCCCAAGGGGCUGGGGCCUGGCCGGCCAUGUUCUGCAGGCCGAGAGGUGGACCCCUGCCGGGCAGCAGGCUACCGUGCCAGACGUGAGGCCAAUGCCCGGUGCGGGAUCCUGAAGUCUUCACCGUUCAGUCGCUGCCAUGCUGUGGUGCCACCAGAACCCUUCUUUGCCGCCUGUGUGUAUGACCUGUGUGCUUGUGGGCCAGGCUCCUCAGCUGAUACCUGUCUCUGUGAUGCCCUUGAAGCCUAUGCUAGCCACUGUCGCCAGGCUGGGGUGACUCCUGUCUGGAGGGGCCCUACACUCUGUGUGGUGGGCUGCCCUGUGGAACGUGGCUUUGUGUUUGAUGAGUGUGGACCGCCUUGUCCCCGUACCUGUUUCAACCAGCACAUACCCCUAGGGGAGCUGGCAGCCCACUGCGUGAGGCCCUGUGUUCCAGGCUGCCAGUGUCCUGCAGGCCUGGUGGAGCAUGAAGGCCAUUGCAUCUCACCUGAGGCCUGCCCAUCAGUCCUGCUUACUGGAGGCUAGCCAGCUCGCAUGCUGUCCACUCCCAGUCAGGAGCAGCCUCUGGGUCCACCCUGAGUUAAGAACACCCUCAUCGGUUGGGGAUUUAGCUCAGUGGUAGAGCGCUUGCCUAGCAAGCACAAGGCCCUGGGUUCAGUCCCCAGCUCCGAAAAAAAAAAAAAAAAAAAAAAAAGAACAUCCUCAUCCAGGACUUAUCUGGCCAGAAGUUAUCCCUUGGUAAGCAGCAACCUCCAGACCAUAGCUGCUGAGUCUGCUGGGCUCAGGCAAUGGGGUCCUAGGUCUGCUCUCCAGCCGUCCACAGUGUCAAAACACAAGAAUAAACUACACUUGCCCAUGA